AUGGAAGAAUUAAUUAAUGAUAUUGAGAACAUAUCGAUAAAUAGUAACAAUGCUGAUGACUUGAACAUUAGAGAUUCCGAAAGAAACGACCAUUGUUAUGACCAUGAAGACUUGUCACACUCAAAGACUCAAUUGGAAGAUUAUUCAAUUCUUUCAUUAACACCAGUUAAGGAUAAAAACCAAUUUAGAAAUUGUAUUCUUUGUAGGGAUUAUUUAAGCCCAAUUUGUAAAGAAUGUUCAAAUCAUACUUUAAAGAUUUAUAGGAAAAACAAACUUAAGAACAAAAUAAUUCCAGACGGUAAAGUUAAAGCACUUGCUAAGCAAUUCGAGGACAUUCUGCCAGAAGCAAUGAAUAACGGCCCAAAUUUUCCUGUCGUAAAUGACGAUUUCAUGUUAGAGAAAAGUGAAUCAGCUAAUUACCAAAUUGAUCUUUCAUCAAAUCCAAUAAUUGAAUAUGCCAAUACAGAUAUCAAGGACUCUUCAAACUCCAGAAGACUUGAAGAUGUAUCCAAUUUCUCUGAUAAAGAUUUUGAGAAUCUUCAUACUAAAUCUAAGACAACAAAAAAUCAAUUAACUCCAAUAAUAGAUCCAAAUUUAUGUGAACAAAUUGACCCAAUAAAAGCAAUUAUUACUUAUACAAAUAGUCAUAAUAAUCCAGUUGAAACUUUAGACACAGAAAAUUCCAAAUCUAAUGAUUCCCAAAUUAUAUCAAUUAAAGCAGGAUUUAAAAAUGUACUUGAAUGUAAUUUUCAAGAAAACAAUUUAAUAUUUGAUACAUUUGAAUCAUUGAAUCCAUUAGAACAAAGGGCAUUGCUAUUAAAAUGGAUUACUGACACCUUGAAACCAUCGGAAGAUAGCUCUAGAUUAUCAGAAGAUGAAUUGCAAGAGAUAAUAACAAUUUUAAAAGGUAUUGUCAAUGAAUUAGAGCACAAUGAAAUAUAUAAUGAAUUCAAAAACUCACCAUCUAAAAAUGUAACGAAGCCUCAUAAUAUUCUUAAUAAUCAAAUUUCUAAUGGAAAAGAUAAAAAUGAAUUAAAAAUUCUCAAUAUUAAAAAUUCAAAAAUGAGUCUGUUCAAUUCUAAGUUACAAAUAAAUAUUGGCAUCCCCGAAGAUGAAGAAAUAGAAGAGGAGCAUAUAAACGAGCUGGUAUUUAGGAGAUAUAAUCACAUCGGUUGCAACUUUGAAUCAAAUUCUGUUAUUAUUGAUGAAGAUAGUCUGAGCCCGAAAUCCGAAAUAGCUUUAGAUAACGAAGAAUUAGUUGAAAACUCAAUCAAAGAAAUUGGGUAUAACUUUUUUGGGUUUUUCAAGUAA